UCCAAGCAAUGGUUAACCAUCAGUAAAUAACUGAUAAAAAAGAAAAGGAAAAUAUCAGAAAUAAAGUCAUAUUUAGGGAGCCUGACUGAGAGAUUAAAAAUCUGAAAGAACACGCAUUUCUUUUGUGCGUGCUACGUCACGACGCAGCAUCAGCUGUUGACGGAGAGAAGCUCCAUUCAAUCGGACCUAGCGGCUCUGCUCUCUCUCACUACGGACUCUCCGCUGCAACUGUGACUGACCGUGUCUGUGCAGUCUAUGGUUUAACGCACACGCUGUUUGUCGAGAGGUUCGGUAACGGAGCAUAUGCUGCCAUGAGUGCUUUUUGUCGUCUGUUCCAGAGGGGUAUGCUGUCGUGUCGUUUGUUCGGCAUUCAGCCGCAGGAUGUGAGCGGUGCGGCUCUCCCGGUCCGAGCAGCCAGCUCAUCCAGCCCCGUCAACUUGACCUAUGAUGUCUUCGAUGGGAAGGGAGAGAGCACUCCCCUGGUGUUUCUGCACGGCCUUUUUGGCAGCAAAUCUAACUUCCACUCAAUAGCCAAGUCCUUGGUGCAGCGCACAGGUCGAAAGGUGCUGACUGUAGAUGCCCGUAACCACGGUAACAGCCCUCACAGCCCGGAGCUGAACUAUGAAGCGAUGGCCGAGGAUUUGAAGCACCUCCUCGCUCAGCUUCACAUUGAAAAAUGCGUCCUCAUCGGCCACAGCAUGGGAGGAAAAACUGCCAUGACGACCGCUCUGACACAGGCUGGUUUAGUGGAGAGGCUGGUGGUGGUGGACAUCAGUCCAGCCCAGACCUCCACACGCACCAACUUCCGGUAUUACAUCAAGGCCAUGCAGGAAGUGAAGAUCUCCAGCGACAUCCCGCGCUCCACCGCCAGGCGGAUGGCCGAGGAUCAGCUGCGCAGUUUGGUCAAGGAGCGCUCGGUGCGUCAGUUCCUGCUGACUAACCUGGUGGAGCAGAACGGACACUACGCCUGGAGGGUCAACCUGGAGUCUAUCUCGGCGCACCUUGAGGACAUCAUGAGUUUCCCCAGCUUCGACACCGUCUAUGAUGGACCGACAUUGUUUUUGGGUGGAGCCAGCUCUGCUUAUAUCAGCUCUGACGAUUACCCAGAAAUCCAGAGGCUGUUCCCUAACGCUGACAUCCAGUACAUCCCAGAUGCGAGCCACUGGAUCCACGCAGAUAAACCUUUAGAUUUCAUCAGCUCCGUCAGCUCCUUCCUCCAGUCCUAGCUGCCUCCUGCCUGCACCUCAAAACUUUUUAACGCACCCCUGAGCGUGAAAAUGACGGUUAGUAUUCAGCAGCAGAAGGAGUUGUUGAUGAUGCUAUUAUUUGCCAACACUGGACCAAACUCGCCCUUUUACAACAGUCAGUCCUUUAAACAAUUCUAGUGAAGCGUAGCAAAGGUGAACUUUUCUUUUCUUUAGUCUCUGCCAGUCAGGUAGUGUUUCUAGAUGUGUUUUCAUUGAUUUUCUGGUCAGUAGGUAGACAAUAUAUAACAUAACAGGGCUGUUCUAGAGUUAAUGUACUAAUCCAAAGAAACGUUGCACACUGCUUUCUUGAUGUUGAAACAUUAACCAGGGAAUGCUGAAGUGGACCAGCAGUCAGGGGGUUGGAUGUGAACGUUUUGACAGCACUGGAAUGAAAUACAUACUGUUUACCGGAGCAGCUGAGUGAGGAAUGUGCAAAGCAAAAGUUUUGGGGGAUUUUUGCGCAAGAGAGUUUGGUAUCAUGUCAGGAGGUCAGAGCUCUGCAAAGAGGCUGUAAUGCAGACUUCUUGUACAGGUGCUUUGUUGUAGAAACUGAUUUUAAUGUUGAUAAGAGUGAUAUAUACAAUAUAUUGUUCUGGAUCUUUAUUUCUCACAUCCUCUCCUCUGUAUCUGCUCUGUCAGAGAUGAGGAUUUACAUUUCAUUGACUUUGCCACAACUCGAGUACACCGAGAGCGCUGGUUAUAUUUUUAUCAAGAUUAUCAUCCAUGAAAACCAAGCUGAAACAUAUAAAUGCAGAACUGUCACAAUCUGUUUCCUGAAUAUCUCAGGUUAUAGUAAUUAUAGGAUAUGCUAAUUAUUAACAAUGUAAACUAUUCUCCUGUCUGUCUGGCAAUAAGCCAUGAUAAUGUCGUUGUGUAUUUGGUUAGUCCAUCAGUGUUUUAAUGAAACAUGUUUUACUGAGUUAUUAUCCGUGUCUCGCUCAUCUUUACAGCCAAGGCGCUAAAUGGGUAUCUUACAAAUAUAUGCUGCAGCAAUGUAUGUUGUUAUCUAAUCGUACUAGUGUUAAUAUAAGUUCUGUUUUCAUGGGUUUGAGCGUUAUGGUCCAGUAGUGAAACUGCCAUCUUAAUGAAUAAGCAGGGUGUUGUAAAUCUGUGCCUCUUUUGUCAAAAGCUGCUUUUCUCUAUUUCUCUAAAACUUGGUAAGAAAUACAAAAUAUUUUAUUCUACAAUUAUAACUAGCAGACUUUAGAUUGGCAGCUGGUUUGCCAGUUUUGUGUGAAUUCUCUCACAAGGAUCAUAACCGAUGUCCCUUCAUGCCGCUAGAUGUUUAAAUCAGUGUUUUAUGUCCGUUUGAUGUGAAAACAGAAGUCAGAAAAUAAUCAGAAUUUAUUUAAGUGAAACUCUCCUCAUUUGGUUCCUUUUUACAAAGCUCCAGUUAGAAGAGAGCCCCCCUCUUCCUCCGCAACCAGGACAGAGUUUUCCUGUUGCACAAUAUGAAUAGAUUGUCGAGGAGGGGGUCCCCUGAUCUUUGAAUCGGGCCCUGCUUCAGCUUCUGUAGCUUUACUGUGGGACAAAUAUCUUUUAAGAGGGAACUCUGUGUCAACAAUAUAAAAGAGUGAAUUCAUGUAAUCACAUUGAAAAGUUUGAAGACUGUAAUCAUCUGUGCAGGAUUGUAUAUUGUUUUACUUCGAGCAUGCCUUUUUCUCUUGUCAUCAGGUGUAACUUUGUGCUUCAUGCGUCUGUUUGUUGCCCAAAAGUGGCACUCAGUCUAGAUAAUGUCAUAUUUUAAAUAAAUGUGGACAAGGAGCAUAUAUAUAUUGGAUUAUAUAUUAUAGAAAGUGUACAGACUCAAAUCCUACAAUAAAAUGACAAAUCUGCAA